AUGAGCUAUUUAGAGAAAGUCGACCGAUAUUUGGACUCCCUGAAAGUGGGAAAGAGUGCCUUGGUGGAUUCCUGGUUCAUGAUGUCGAGCCCCAUGCCAUUGUUCUCAGUGGUGGUGGCCUACUUGAUACUCAUACGUAUUGGCCCCAGAAUUAUGAAGAACAGGCAACCUCUUCAGAUGAACAGGCUGAUUGCCUACUACAACGCUUCCCAAGUGCUUCUAGCCUUUGUGAUUUGUUUUAAGGUUUUCAAACUAAAUCUCUUCAGGGAUGGCAUAAUUUAUGCGGGUUGCCGCUAUCCUUCCAAUACGCAAAAUGUUAUGCUACUAGAUUUGGGUUGGUGGUAUUUCUUUGCCAAGUUUACUGAGCUGCUCGAUACAGUGUUCUUUGUUCUACGGAAGAAAGACAGUCAGGUGACCUUCCUACACGUUUACCAUCACGUGAUCAUGGCUCUCUACUCCUGGAGCUACCUUAAGUUUGCAGCUGGUGGCGAGGGAGCAGUCCUGGCCCUACUGAACUCCAUCGUACACGUCGUCAUGUAUUCUUACUACCUUCUGUCUGGACUGGGACCUCGGUUCCAGAAGUAUCUGUGGUGGAAGAAAUAUGUUACUAAGCUACAAUUGAUCCAGUUCAUCUUGAUGCUGACGUACUGCGCCUGGACGCACUUCUCUCCGCGCUGUCAGUACGCGUCCGGCUUCACGUACUUCAUCUGCACCAACAUAACCAUCUUCCUCUUUCUAUUCCUCAAUUUCUAUAGCAAGAGCUACAAAAAGAGAAACCUUGACAAGAAAAACGUUGAGAAAGAACUCAAGGAAGAAUACAACAAAACUCAUAGUAAUACCACGACGAAUGGAGUUUGCAAAAAUGGAGUCAAUAACAAAAAAGAGAACGGGGUGCAUGGGAACGAUUGCAAGAGUGUUCCCAAUAUAGAUGAAAUCCCUUGUGAAGUGAACAAGGCUUGUGGUGAUUACGUUAAAGAUGGCAAAGUCUUCCUCUCAAGGCGGACGGCAAAAGCAGCGUAUGGCGCCGAAUACGACUUCGAUAGUAUAAUAAAGAAAUGA